AAAAANNNCUCUAUUCAUCUUUCGAUGUCUCUCGCUUAUCAAUGUUAAAGUCACCAUCUUUUGCUUUAAAUUGAUCCUUCAGGAUUCGAAUUUCAAACCAUAUAAUCUUCAACCUCUGAAUUCAACCUUCGUUCGUCUCUUUCGUUCUGGGUUUCUCUGUAACUGUAGCCAAUUCCAAUUCUGGGCAUAUAUGUAACUCGCUCCAAAAAGUUUACUAUUCAAUCUCGUCUCAAUUGAGGUUUUUUUUCCAUCUUCUUUUGUCAAAGUUGAAGACUUUGUUCGUUUUGAAUGUGUCUUCUUCUUUGAAUCGCUUUCAUACCUCUGUUUUUAUUGGGUUUUCAGACCUUUUGCCAGCAAUGUCAUUUGACUAGCUUUACCCGGUAAAGGAUUUGGUUUUACGUUUUUCUUGUCAGGAAGACAAAAUGGGUUUAAAUGAUAAGAUUGAAGGAUCUGAUGAUAGUUGUAAAAAAGCUAGGGUUUCAUGUCCUCCUGGUCUCUCAACAUCUGAUAAGACUCUGUUUAGUGAAGAAGAGAAACCUAGGAGAUGGUCGGAGAGUUCGUUGCCUGAUGUCUCUAAUAGGGUUAAGCUUCUGAGUUUUGGUUCUGCUUCUGCUAGAUUGAAGAGAAUGACAGAGGAAAGAGAUGAGGUUUCACGCUCAGUUAACAGCUCAAGCAACAUAAAUCUCCGGGAAAGAAUCAGUGUGAUGUUUUCUCGGAACAUAGAGUGGGCUUGCUUGAUGAAAUUAGGUAAGCAAUGGCUUAGAGACCCUCUUAACAUGGCUCUUUUCUUGUGGAUCCUUGUGGUUGCUGUCUCUGGUGCGAUUCUCUUCAUGGUUAUGACUGGUAUGUUGAACAGUGUUUUGCCCAAGAAAUCACAGAGAGAUGUCUGGUUUGAAGUUAACAACCAAAUCCUCAACGCGUUGUUUACUCUGAUGUGUUUGUAUCAACACCCGAAACGGUUUUAUCAUCUAGUGCUUCUCUGUAGAUGGAAGCAAGAUGAUGUUACAACGCUUAGGAAGAUUUACUGCGAGAACGGGACUUACAAGCCAAACGAAUGGGUACACAUGAUGGUUGUUGUUCUUUUGCUUCACUUGAACUGUUUCGCUCAGUAUGGGCUAUGCGGUCUUAACUUAGGGUAUAGAAGAUCCGAGAGACCCCCCAUUGGUGUAGCUAUUUGCAUAUCUGUUGCAAUAGCAGCUCCUGCGGCUGCAGGUUUAUACACUGUUCUUAGUCCACUUGGGAAAGAUUAUCAUCCUCAAGGAGACGAGGAGAAUCAAGUGCAGCCUGUGGAAGAAGGACCGGUUACUACUAAUCGCAAGUUAUCUCUUGAAAGGAGAUAUUCAUUUGCUGCUUCUACAGACGUGAGUAAUCCUGAAUGGAGAGGUGGGAUUCUUGAUAUAUGGGAAGAUAUUUCAUUGGCUUAUCUCUCACUGUUCUGCACUUUCUGUGUGUUUGGUUGGAACAUGGAGAGGAUUGGGUUUGGGAACAUGUAUGUGCACAUUGCUACUUUUAUUCUCUUCUGUUUGGCUCCUUUCUUUAUAUUCAACUUGGCUGCUAUAAACAUCGAUAACGAGAUGGUGAGGGAGGCACUUGGAUAUACCGGCAUUGUGCUUUGCUUGUUUGGUUUGCUAUAUGGUGGUUUUUGGAGAAUACAGAUGAGGAAAAGAUUCAAGUUACCGAGCUAUAACUUCUGUUGCGGGAGACCUGCUAUUGCUGAUUGUACGCUCUGGUUAUUCUGUUGUUGGUGCUCUUUGGCUCAAGAAGUCCGGACCGCGAAUUCUUAUGAAAUAGUGGAGGAUAGAUUCUGCAAAAGAAGAGAAGAAAAUAGUAAGAUUGAUGAGGUUCUGGUAUCUUCAUUGCCUCGUGAAGAUGGUGUGUUUGAUCCGAGUUACUCACCUAAGGAGGACAUGACCACGCCGAUAACUUGCUUGGGAGGUAAAAGUGAUGAAGCUCUAAGUCCACCUUCUCCUCCAUUCAUACACAGAGAAGGUAGUUAGAACUACCAAGAGUUUUUAAUCAAAGUUUGUUUGGAAUUUUUCUGGAUUAGGAAAAUACUCAAACGGUAAUCGAUGUAAAACCAGAUUUACUAUUGGACUCCGUUUAUACGGUUCAGGUAUAUUUAUUUAUAUUUAAACGGAACUAAAGUUCAAAUUCGUUUUG